CUGCUAUAGCUACCCAUGUCGCGCUGUCCCGGCCAGGCCCCCGGGGGCCUUGGAGUGUCAUUGGUGGGUGACCGAGGCUCUCGCGGCUGCUCCUCCACCGAGAUCAUGGCCGCCAGCAGCUGCGCGCUCUCUGCAGCCCGUCUACUGCCGCGCUCCUACCUCCUGCAACAGAAUGGAAUUCGGCAUUGUUCCUAUACAGCAUCUCGAAAACAUCUCUAUGUUGACAAAAAUACAAAGGUUAUUUGCCAGGGAUUCACUGGUAAGCAGGGCACUUUUCACAGCCAGCAAGCACUGGACUACGGCACCCAGCUAGUUGGAGGAACCACCCCUGGGAAAGGAGGCCAGAAACACCUAGGCUUGCCAGUCUUUAAUUCUGUGAAGGAGGCCAAAGAAAAGACAGGAGCAACAGCGUCUGUCAUUUAUGUCCCUCCUCCUUUUGCUGCUGCUGCCAUUGAUGAGGCCAUUGAGGCGGAAAUGUCCUUGGUUGUGUGCAUCACUGAAGGCAUCCCACAGCAGGACAUGGUGCGGGUCAAGCACAAGCUGGUGCGCCAGGGCAAGACGAGGCUCAUCGGCCCAAACUGCCCUGGAGUCAUCAAUCCUGGAGAAUGCAAAAUUGGCAUCAUGCCUGGCCACAUUCAUAAGAAAGGAAGAAUCGGUAUUGUGUCCAGAUCUGGCACCCUGACUUAUGAAGCAGUUCACCAGACAACACAAGUUGGAUUGGGGCAGACUUUAUGUGUUGGCAUUGGAGGUGAUCCUUUUAAUGGAACGGAUUUUAUUGAUUGCCUUGACAUCUUUCUGAAUGACCCAGCCACAGAAGGUAUCAUCUUGAUUGGGGAAAUAGGCGGCAACGCAGAAGAAAAUGCUGCUGAGUUUUUGAAGCAACAUAAUUCAGGUCCCAAGGCCAAGCCUGUGGUGUCCUUCAUUGCUGGUUUAACGGCCCCUCCCGGCAGGAGAAUGGGUCACGCUGGAGCAAUCAUUGCUGGAGGUAAAGGAGGAGCUAAAGAGAAGAUAACUGCCCUUCAGAGCGCGGGCGUUGUCGUCAGCAUGUCUCCUGCACAGUUGGGAACCACCAUGUACAAGGAGUUUGAAAAGAGGAAGCUGCUAUGAAACAACAGCAACAACAACAGCAACAACAACUAAGUUCUAUAAGCCUAUGGAAUGAAUAACUAUAGAAAUGGGAAACAGCAGCUGUUUGCUCAUGUUAACCACUGAUUGUCAGCCUCUGCGCAGGACACUGGCCUUUCAGAACAAGAACCAAAGCAAGGUUUAGAAUGUCCUGUCUUGAAAUGUUUGGACCUCAUUGUAUAACAGAAAUAGCCAAUAAAUCUAUUAUUUGGUUUGAA